AUGCUUCCUGGAGCCUGGCUGCGCUGGGCCUGCUUCCUGCUCCUGACCAGGCUCGCCCGGCCCUGCCCUGUGGGGUGUGACUGCUUCGUCCAGGAAGUGUUCUGCUCCGAUGAGGAGAUGGCUGCCAUCCCGCUGGAUAUCCCACCCCACGCCACAGACAUUGUCUUUGUAGAGACCUCGUUCACUACGGUGAAAGCCAGGGCCUUUGGCGGCAGCCCCAACCUGACCAAAGUGGUCUUCCUCAACACCCAGCUCUACCACUUGGAGCCAGAUGCUUUUGGGGGGCUGCCCAGACUUUGGGACCUGGAGGUCACUGGCAGCGCCUUUUCCAACCUCAGCGCCGACAGCUUCUCCAACCUGACCUCGCUGGGCCAGUUAACCCUCAACUUCAACAUGCUGGACGCUCUGCCUGAGAGCCUCUUCCACCACAUGGAUGCCCUGGAGUCCCUCCAGCUACAGGGCAAUCGGCUCCAGAUCCUGCCUGUGAGGCUCUUUCAGCCUCUGAAACGCCUGAGGACCCUCAACCUUGCUCAGAACCUUCUGGCCCAGCUGCCCGAGGAGCUGUUUGAGCCCCUCAGCAGCCUGCACACCCUGAAGCUCAGCAACAAUGCACUCUCUGGCCUGCCCCAGCGCGUGUUUGCCAAACUGGGCAGCUUGAAGGAGCUCUUCCUGGAUGGCAACUCCAUCUCAGAGCUUCCCUCGGAAGUGUUCUCGCAGCUCUUCAACUUGGAGAAGCUGUGGCUGCAGCGCAAUGCGAUUAGGCACCUACCACCAUCCAUCUUCUCCUCCUUGGGCAAGCUGACCUAUCUGAACUUGCAGGGGAAUGCACUGCAAAUGCUGCCUGCUGGCCUCUUUGCUCAUAGCCCAGGCCUGGUUGGCCUGUCCCUGUCCCACAAUCAGCUGAAGACUGUAACCGAGGGAGCCUUUGCCAACUUGUCCAGCCUCAGCUCCCUCACUCUCUCACACAAUGCCAUCACCCAUCUCCCAGCCGGCAUCUUCAGGGACCUGGAGGAGUUGAUCAAGCUCUACCUGGGCAGCAAUAACCUGACAGCCCUGCACUCAGAACUCUUCCAGAACCUGUCCAAACUUGAGCUGCUCAGCCUCUCCAGGAACCUCCUGACCACGCUCCCAGAGGGCAUCUUUGACACCAACUACAACCUGUUCAACCUCGCCCUGCACGGCAACCCCUGGCAGUGUGACUGCCAUCUGGCCUACCUCUUCAGCUGGCUGCACCAGUACAGUGACCGGCUCUUUAACAUCCAGACCUACUGUGCAGGCCCUGCCUACCUGAAGGGCCAGGUGGUGCCUGCCUUGAAGGAAGAGCAGCUGGUGUGCCCCGUCACCCGGGAUCACUUGGGCUUCCAGGCCCCGAGGCCAGAGGACAGGGAGCCGGGGGACAGCUGGGAUCUGGCUAUGGAAGAAAAGGUGGCCCGGAGCUGGUGCACCUACAGCAACCCUGAAGGAACUGUGGUGCUUUCAUGUGACAAAGCCCAGUGUCGCUGGCUGAAUGUCCAGCUGUCUCCUAGACAGGACUCAGGCUCCCCAGGACUGAUGUUCAAUGCCAGCCAGGAGUGGGACUUGAAGUCAAGCUGUGGCUCUGUGAAGGUCACUCUGUCUAUUGAGGCUCAGACAGGGGAGCCCCAGGCGCUAGGCGUACAGAGCCAGGAGCCUGGGCAGAUGGCCUCUGGGGCCUCACCAAGCAAGAGGUCUCAGCCGCCCCCUUGUGGUCCACGGGAAGAACGGCUCUCCUCACCCGGAGUAACAAAGCCGCGCAGGGUGGCGCGGGACGUUACUUUCAGGAAGUCGCACCCGGGUCCCCUAGAAAGGAAAACCGAGCACAUCGACUGGGUGGCCCCAGGAGACACUUCCCGGCAGGCAGACGGAGAUGCCGAGGCUCUGUCUUCUGCAACUCUAGAAACGUGCCGGGUUCGCUGGGUGCCCGCGCCCGAUGAGUGGCCGAAACCAGAAUUAGAUACCGUUCUUCAGGAUUCAGGACAGCCCGGUGAACUGAGCAUUCAGGACAAUGGGACCAAGUUUUUCUGGAAACGCCUUGAGUUGGAAACGAUGAAUUUGGAAAGCAACCUCGAUAGGAGGCUCCUGUCUUAUGCCUUCUUUGCAUCAGUCAAGCGCAUACAGGGAAUCUUGGCUCCACCUAGCUGGGACAUUCCCUCCCAGUCCCAUUGUGCAAUGCCACCCUCCCAGGAGCAGAGCCUGAGAUCAGAACUCCUGACAGCUCUGCGCUUCUGCCAAAUUCUCCUCAAUCAAGAAGCUGGUUAUUUUUCGUAA